UAAGAAUAAAUACAUUUAGUCAAAAGGUAAUUAUUUAAGUGGACUGAAACCAUCACGAAUUACAUUUUGCUAGAAAAAACAUAUAAAGGUAUCUUCACUGUGUCUGCGGCGCGGUGAAAUGUAUUUGUCGAAAGAGUGGAAAGAUUUAAGUUACCUUUCUGAAACCCUUGAAACCUUCUUCAUUGGUAUCUUAGAGCAGUUAAUAAUUACGAAGUGAGCCGCAGAAUCAUCACAUUAAUCAUGAGGCUGGUGUACGUCGUUGUAGUGUCGGUUCUAGUCCUAGCUGCUCCUGCAGCAACUGGCGACAGAGUGGUGGAAACAUUGAGUGGCGCCGUCCGAGGACGACUUGUAAGAGAUUUGAACGUGACUUAUUAUGCGUAUCUCGGAAUACCGUACGCGGAGGCGCCGACUGGACAGCUCCGAUUUAAACCUCCGGUGCCGAAGGAACCAUGGAAUGGCACGUUGGACGCGACGGCAUAUGGUCCCGUGUGUCCGCAAGUCGACAGGUAUUAUACGAGAAGCGAGAUGAGUGAAGACUGCCUGAGCCUGAACGUGUAUGUGCCCGCCAGGCCAGCGCUGGCCCCCACGCCGGUGCUCGUGUGGGUGCCUGGAGGGAACUUUCGGAGUUUGUCCGGAAGACCAUUCAUAUACGGACCACAGUUUUUCAUGAAAUACGGCGUCAUGUUUGUGACCAUGAAUUACAGGCUUGGAGCCUUAGGAUUCUUGUCUGUACAAACAGAGGACGCGGCUGGCAACGCGGCGUUGAAAGACAUACUAUUAGCGCUCCAGUGGGUUAAGAAACAUAUAGCUCAGUUCGGUGGUGACCCCGACAACAUAACUAUUGGGGGGGAAAGCUCCGGCGCUGUUCUAGUGCAUUACCUCACUUUAUCUGAACAGUCUACCAAUUUGUUCCACAAAGCCCACAUCAUCAGCGUGUAA